AUGCCAAUUGCGAAAUAUGAGUACACUGGUCCAAUUGACCACACCCUGCCCAUCGAUCAUGCCAAGUUGAAAGGCAAGUCAGUGAUCAUCACGGGCGGCGCCAAUGGCAUGGGCGAAACAUGUGUUCGACACUUUGCAGAACACGGCGCCAAAGUCACAAUCGCGGACGUGAACAAGCGAGGUUACGAUCUCUCCGCCGAACUAAACAAAACGUAUGGUGAGGAAAGGACAAUCUUUGUCGAAGUCGACAUCCGGGACUGGGACCAGCAAAAGAACAUGUUCGAGUAUGCAAUGAGCAAGUUUGGCGCCAUUGACGUUGUCAUUGCAAAUGCUGGUAUCAGCAGAAGCUCAGGUGAUGGUCUCUGGAACCUCGACGAUCCAAAUGGCGAGCCAACGAAGCCGGAUCUCAACAUCGUGGACGUGAAUCUGAAGGGCAGCUUGUACACCUGGAAAUUGGCGGUGCAUUACUGGCGCAAACAGAAAGAGAGUGAUGAGCGCGACCGAUGCUUUAUCAUAACUGGCAGUUUGAUCGCUUGGAUUGAUUCACCGGGUAACUGGGAGUACACAGCGACUAAAUAUGGCCUUCACGGAUUCAUGCGCACGGUUCGCAGAUCGUCGUGGGAGCAGGGAAUCAGAAUCAAUUACGUCGCCCCUAGCUGGAUCAAAAGCGCAAUCAGGACCAAAGAGUACGAACAGUGGCUCACGGAUCGCGGGAUCGAGUUUGGUGAGCAAGAAGACGUUGCAGCAUGCAUGAUGCGGAUCGCAAGCGACAGGUCGAUUAACGAAGGAUACAAGGACAUCGACAAGGAUGAUUAUACCGAGGACGACGGCCAUGAUGGCUACUUCAAACGUACUCAAGACACGCAGCUUGUCAUCAUUGAAGACAGGUGGAGAGAUGACUACAAAGUAAGGGUGUUCAAAGAGUAA